CACCCCCUCCAUUGGAUAGCGUCUGGUGACCAAAUUAUACACCGAUUCAUCUAUGGAUAAUUUAGACACAUAGAAUUUUUGAAUAUAAUAUAGAUAUUUUUCUUGAUUCUGAGUGCUUGGAGGAAAAGUGCACAAUGUCAGUGCUAAAUGAUACAAACAUAAUGCAAAACUGGGACUACUGACGAGAAGGAACAGCGCUUCAAAAUGGCGGACAUGUAUGGAAAGUGCGUGUCUUGUUGGACCUUAUCCUAACUUUUCCAAGGGUUUGGAAACGACCAGAACCACCAAUGCAGAGGCAGGACAUACAGGAAGUACGCCUCAUCCAUGCUGGGGAGGACCAGGAGGCCCUUCUGAAACCUCUGGCCACAGCGAUUGAGAAAUACUUGAAACAACAGGACUUGGUCACGUACGAAACAUUCACCACACAUGAUGCAGGGUCAGAAUCUGUUAGUGAGAAAGUUGCAGAGGCCAUCAGAGAUGCCAAAGGGAAGAAGAUCCCUUCAGCUGUGAUCAUCAGCAAGAAGUUUCUAAGCACGCUCUUCCUGAAUAAGAACAAGGACCAAUUGAUAGAGUUGCUAGUAGAUGAUCACAGCUACAGUGUACUUGUGCCCAUCUGGCUGGGUGUUGAUGAGGAGGAGAUCAAACGUUACAGCAGUCGGCUGGCCAGCAAGCGUCCUGUCAGAGGGGAACAUUACACACCACACAGCCACAACUUUCAGAUCCUUGCUGAAACUUUGGUUAUGGCAUGGCUUGGAAAGUACAUCCCAUCUGAAGGUGAUGACUCCAUAGCAGAGAAUCAUCCGGAACAUCUGAGAAGCCGGGAACCUGUGGAAUCAGAGGACCCAUCUAGUGUGGAGGAGCAGCCAGUCAUAGAUGUGUCUGGUGAGGACACUGUGGACACCCGGCCAUCUGACCUACCCAGGGAAACAGCUACCAACACGGAGGGUAGACCUGCAAACCUACAGCAAGAAGAGAAUGAGUCAGCCUCCUGUGCUGCGGCCAUGGCUGGGAGUGGGCUACACACAAACUAUGCAGAAGGACUGGACAAGUUGGACAUCAGUGAGGAAGGAGCAAAGAAAGGUGAUGGAGCAGGAGCGGACCCAACUCAGCCACACCCAUCAGAUUUGCCCAAUGAGGCAGCUGCUAGUGGUGAAGCCAGGCUAGCAAACCAGCAGCAGGAGGAGGAAGGAGACUCCAGCUGUAGUGAUAAAGCUAUAGGAGCAGGAGGAUGUCACAUGGACCCAGAGAAGGGCUUAUCAUACCUGAACCGAGAUGCUGAGGAUUCAUGCCAUGGGUCCCAAGGAGUGCCGUCAAUGGGCUCAAGGAAUGCAGCUACAGCCUGUGCACCUGCAGCAGCAGCUACAAGACAACCUGCUGCACCCAUAGCUGGUGGGGAGGCUUCUGCACCUACUGUUCCUGCUGGACCUGCAGCUGCAGGAGAACAAGUCCAGGCACGCAGUGCACCUGGGAAACCAGACAAACCAAAGCCAGCAAACAUUCCAAUAGGUGGCCCUCUGAAUGACUCAACUGACAAAGAGCUCAAAUCGCCUAUUCCUGUGAAUGGCCAUGACAACAAGGAACACAGGUGUCCUACAUCUGAAGGAAUCGUUCCUCCAAAUGCCUUUUAUGUCGGCACCAGUGACCCAUCCCAGGACACCCCCAGCCCACCCCAGGACCCACAGGCAGAGUACAUGGUUGAUCUGGGUCAAGAUAUCCUUGAUGACCUGAAAAUGAAGCUUGACCCUCAGAUGCCACUCAUAAAGAAUUGGCGCAACUUUGGAAGCAGGAAUGGACUCAAGAAUCAAGAUUUGAACUACAUCGACUACUGCGCUAGACAAGGACAAAGUCCUACAGUGGCAAUUUUCCAGAAGUUGUCACACUUGACUAUCAAAAAGUUCAAAGAAGACUGUAAGUUUUACAAACGGAUGGAUGUACUGGAGGUGAUGAAGAGGCAUGGCUACUGACUUCAGUACUGUAGCUUAAUCCUGAAAAUUGUAAAGCAACAUGCCCCUUUAUUACUGUUCAGAACUCUCAUAUCAGAGUCUUACUCUGGAAGAAUAUUAGAGAGGAUUAGAUUGGGUUAGCAAUUGUAGUUGGAGAAAAAAAUCAUUGUGACUGAAAAUUAAGAGAAUUUAUUUGAAAAUUGAGAGAAUUUAUUUGAAAACAAGUGUUCUCAUGACACUAACUUCUGUGAAGUAAUUAUUGUGUGAUCAUGGUGUUUGCUACCCAAAAUUCAAAUCCAUCCAAACACCCCUUGGAGGUCACUGACAUCUUUCAUGGAGUAAUAAUUACACCAACAUUUGUGCUGAGAAAAAAGCAUCUGCUUCUGGUGAUUUAAUUCCAUUAUUUCUGUGGCCCAUUCCUUUGAACUAUUACACAAUGCUACUUAGACUAGCUAGAUGAUCUCCCACCACUUUGCAUAUGCUGUUCAACAGCUUGUUUGUGAUUAUUUUAUGUUACUAAUACUAGAGGAGACUUGCUCAUUUGUUAUUGUUCUUAGAUGCUCUUAGUUAAUGUUGGGAACAUCCUAAUUAGAAUAGUCAAUUGUCCUAUUUUGUAAAGGGUAUUCAUGGGGGUUGUUAGAAUGAAAUUUGAAUAUAUGUUUUGACAAUUAUGUUCAAGGCAUUCUGUGUAUCUUAGUAUUUCACGUUCAUUCUCUCAUUUUAUCUGUUAUUUCAUGAUUUCAUUGCAAACUUUGUAUAAUGUACAUGUACGUGUACAUUUGGACAUUUGAAUAUACUGUUCUUUUUGUCAAGUACAUAUAUUUGCUGUCUAUUAUGCUAAUAAAACUUGCUGCUAAGGCCUAGCAAAAGGCAA